CGAUUCCGAAACUCAGUCUCAGUUGAACAUUCGCCGCGAAAAGACGACGAGAAGUUGCUCCACACAAAAUCCCUUGCAAUUAGCACAACAAAAUGAAGUGCCUAGCUCUGGUCGUCCUUUUGGCUCUUUUGGUCACCCUCCUUGCAGGAUCCUCGGAGGCCAGCUACUGUCCCUGUGAUCUGAAGACCAAAGCCACGCAGAUCUGUGGCUCCAAUGGCGUCACCUACCAAAAUCGCUGCGAAUUUGAGUGCACACAGCGUGACUAUAGGAAACUAGGACGUUCCCUAAACGUCCGUAAGGAGGGACAAUGUUAACGCAAUUUGGGAAUAUUUACUUAUAUACUCAUCAGUUAUGGUUUCUACUACAAAAGAUAUAUUAGUGCUGUGAGAUUAUCAACAAAAAUAUACAUAUACUCAUCAGAUUUCAAAAUAACUUGAUUUUAUAACACAAUUGUUACCUAUGAAUAUUAAUAAAUAAUGUGAAAUUAUUAAUCUUUAAUGCAAGUAA